AUGAAUCAAGAAACCAAAAACCUCACAAUCAAAAUAUCAAAUUCGACCCAGAAACCAAGAAAAGAGAUCGUGACCAACAUUGUUUCGAUUUCAUCAUCUCCAUAUAACUCACCAUCGUUAAUCUCGCCGCCCUCCUCCGCCUUUGUUUCCGCCCUUCAAUCUCCUUACAUAUCUCCCAGAGCCACCAGAGAAGACCUGAAUCACCCUCACGAAACCGAAACAACCAACAACGGCGGCUCCACCGCCACCACCACACCGUCGACAUUCACUCACCCCUCUACUCCCGUAUCCUAUUGUGGCUCCGGGAACGAUGAUAUUCCCAGCACCUCCUACACUCCCCCAUCGGAAAGAUACGAUUUUUCAGACGACACCAAGCUCAAAAUCGUCAACUGUGUUCCUGUUCAUCUUCCUUCUUCAGAUGUUAAUAUGAAUCCGACAACCACAACGGCGCCACGUGUCUCGUUUUCGUUUCCCGUUCCUCGGAUUUCGUUCGCGAAAGGGUCUGUUUCCCCGGCGAAUGCAAAACUGAGGAGUUGCGAUGUUUACAUUGGAUACCAUGGUCAAGGUCAAAAUCCGAACUUGGUAAGGUUUUGUAAAUGGUUGAAAUCGGAGCUCGAGGUUCAAGGUAUCGCGUGUUUCGUUGCCGACAGAGCAAAAUACGCCGAUUCUCAGAGUCACGAGAUCGCCGACAGAGUAAUUUGUUCAGUCACGUUCGGGAUUGUCGUCGUCACCAAAGAUAGUCUCUCGAGUUAUCUCAGUCUCGAAGAGAUUAGAUUCUUCGCUCAGAAAAAGAAUUUGAUCCCGUUGUUCUUCGACUUUGACACAAACGAAGUCUCAAACGUUCUCACGAGUUCCGAUAGUAAAGAAUGCAAAGACGCCAUUGAUGGGUUGAUGAAGUCGCACGAGUUUAAGCUCGAAGCUAACGAAGGUAACUGGAGAUACUGUGUAUCAAGAACUGCCGGGAUCUUGAAGGGGAAACUCGGGAGGAUGAGUGUCGCUGAAAAAGAAAUAGAAAACAGCGAUGAAAUGCCGUACCCUAAGAACAGAUUCUUCGUCGGAAGAGAAAAGGAGAUAACAGAGAUCGAAACUGCUUUUUUUGGAUGCACUGAUGAAAACGAAACCAACACACACGUUAGAACACCUGGAACAUCAGAAGGGCUUGCGGAUGAGGAAAGUGAAAUCGAUCGGAGGUUUAUAAAUUUGGAAGUCGGAAAGUGUAAAGAACCGAAAUUAGAAGCAUGGGUGGAACCUGUAAUCGGGAGAAAUUCCUUGAAGAGACCUAAAUACAAAAAAACAAAAAGCGGGAAGUACAAAAGCUUCGGAAGCAGCAUUGUGUGCAUCAAUGGCGAACCUGGAAUUGGGAAAACGGAGGUAGCAUUGGAGUUUGCUCACAGAUAUUCUCAAAGAUACAAGAUGGUUUUGUGGGUCGGUGGGGAAGCUCGUUAUUUCCGACAGAAUAUUCUAAAUUUAUCGUUAAAUCUAGGGUUAGAUGUUAGCGCAGACGAAGAGAAAGAAAGAGGAAGGAUUAGAAGCUUUGAUGAACAAGAAACAGAAGCUUUCAAGAGGGUAAAACGGGAAUUAUUUCGCGAUAUGCCAUAUUUGUUAAUCAUCGAUAAUCUUGAAACAGAAAAAGAUUGGUGGGAAGGGAAAGACUUACAUGACUUGAUACCAAGAAACACAGGUGGCUCCCACGUCAUCAUCACAACCCGGCUUCCAAAAGUAAUGACCUUUGACCCGAUCCAACUUCAACCCCUGCCAGUAAAAGACGCAAUGUUGUUGAUGAAAGGAAGAAGGAGAAAAGAAUACCCGGGUCAAGAAGUUGAAAUUUUGGGUAAAUUUGAUGAGAAAUUGGGUCGGUCAAGCUUCGGGUUAUGGGUAAUCGGGUCGUUGCUUUCUGAACUUGCAAUCUUACCCUCGACCCUGUUUGAAGCCAUAAAUCAUAUCCGUUUAGACGAAAAUGAGAUAAACUCAUCUCAUUUUGAAGAAGUAUUUUGGGGAAACAAUAAGUUUUUACUCAAAGUCUUGAUUUUUUGCAUUACAAUUUUACAUGAAGCUAAAGGGAGUACAAAUGUUCUUGCUUCAAAGAUGCUUCUAGUCGGGGCAUGGGUCGCCCCGUUACCCGUUUCAUCAAAUCUACUUGCUUCAAGUGCAAAUAACAUCACAGCCUCCACCAAUAGAUUCAAGAAAUGGGUCAAAUGUGCAAACAUGACUUUCUUUUGUUGUUCGGGUUUUCUCGAAAGUCAAACUUCAAAAAGCGAAGAAGAUUCAGCUCUUGUGUUGGUCAAACUUGGUCUUGCCAGAAGAGCAAAUCAAAAGCAUGGAUGUUGUAUUCAUUUUCACCCGAUAACUCAAACAUUCGCGAAACUAAAAGGGAGUUUACUCACAGCAAAAGCAACGAUUCAUGGCAUUAGAAAAACAGGAAACCCGGUUUUCAACUCGGAUCAUCUUUGGGCUUCUGCUUUUUUGGUAUUCGGUUUCAAAUCCGAGCCACCAUUGGUCCAAUUAAAAGCCCAUGACAUGGUUCUUUUCAUCAAGAAAACAGCUCUCCCUUUAGCUAUAAGGGCGUUUACGACAUUUUCCAGGUGUAAUUCAGCUUUGGAGUUGCUAAAAGUGUGUACAAAUGUGCUUGAAGAAGUUGAGAAAUCGUUUGUGUCACAGAUACAAGAUUGGUGCCAUGGAUCUCUUUGUUGGAAGAAGAAGAUGAACUCGCAUCAAAGAAUUGAUGAAUAUGUUUGGCAAGAUGUGACACUUUUGAAAGCUACUUUAUUGGAGACAAGAGCCAAAUUGUUGUUGAGAGGUGGGUGUUUUGACAAUGGUGAAGAGCUUUGCAGGACUUGUAUUAGUAUUAGAACAGUGAUGCUUGGCCAUAAUCAUGCUCAAACUUUAGCUGCUCAAGAAACACUGGCAAAAUUAGUUAGGAUGAGGAGUAAGAUAUGA